GUCUCUGCGGGCACUGCAACAGGUGCGUGUGUGUUUGGAGGCGGUGGGGGUGAACAUGGGGGGAGUCGGCGACAGCGUGGCGAUGGGCGGGCAGAGCCGCGGGCGCGGUGCACGUUGCAACGAGGGUUGGUUCACCGUCGAUUGCGGUGAUUUUAUAGGCGCCGCAAAAAGCGUCGUUCCCCACCCCACCCAUCUCCCUGCUCCCCCAUUCCCCCAUUCCCCACCUCCCUCCCCCGCCCAGUGCAACGAGGGCUGGUUCAGCGUCGAUUGCAGCGUGCCCUCCCAAGCCACCUUCGCCGACCCUCAACUCCCAGCCUGGCUGCAGCCCUUCGACCAGGCCAAGAGGUUCGGCAGCGGCUCUGGCUCCCGGACCUCCAUCGAGCCUGGCAUCGCUGCACAACCCCAAGCAAGAAAGGGAGGAGGGGGUUUGGGUGGGGGAGGGAAGAAUCAUGGACCAACGGAGGAGGAAGAGGAGGCUGCGUUAGAGGCAGAGAUGGGAGGGGAGGAGGGAGAAGGGGAGGCAGGGGAGGAGAACGGAGGGGGUGGAAGGGUGUAUGGGGGGAAUGGGGUUAGGGGAGGGGAGAGAGGGGGAGGGGAAGAUGAGGAGCUGGGUUGGAGGAGGCGCAGGAGGAGGAGGAGACUGCUUGGGCUGGACGAACGGGGCGAUUCUUUGGGUAGGCAGACAGAUCGGCGAGGUGCCUUGGGUGAUGACCUGAUGGGUAUUUCUGGUGAUAAGGGUGAUUAUGAGGAGCGGGAAGCACCUGCUGUUGACCGUAGCCGGGGUGGUUUUAACGAACGCCGGUGGCUUAGAGGGAGACAGGACGAAGAGGACGGGGAUGGGGAGGCAGACGAAGAAACCGAGGGAGGGGAAUAUGGCGGUGAGGGUGCUGCAGGCACUGCUGCUGGUAGAGGUGGUGGUGGUGGUGGUGGUGGUGGUGGUGGCGCUGCUGGUGGUGGUGGUGGUGGUGGUGGUGGCGCUGCUGGUGGUGGUCAGGCAGGAGCGGCAGCAGUGGGGGGGCGGAACGAGGUGGUGAAGCGGCGGCCGUUGGUCUACAUGUACGAUCUACCGCCGCAGUUCAACAGCGACUUGCUGCAGGGCCGGCGCGGCAAGAAGGAGUGCGUGCCGCGACUGUAUGACCGCCUCAACCGCACCGCCUUCCUGCCGGAUCAUAUCCAUGGCAUGGAGAUCGCCCUGCACGAGGCGCUGCUGGCGAGCAAGCACCGCACGACUAAUGCGGAGGAGGCGGAUUUCUUCUUUGUGCCUGUCUACGCCUCCUGCCUCUGGCUGCGACUCACCAAUGGCGGCGAUGCUUCUGGCAUCCAGCUCCUGCCGCAUGUGCAGGGCAACUGGGCGUGGCACGUGGCAGAGAUGUACUCGGCAGUGCACCGCCACAUCGUGCAUGCGUACCCCCAUUGGAACCGCAGCAGGGGCCGUGACCAUCUUUGGCCCAUGGGCACAGACGAGGGCGCGUGUCUAGCCCCUCAAGCCAUCUGGCACGGCAGCAUGCUCACGAGCUGGGGGAACAGCAUGGCAGCGCACUCUCACUCAGUCAAGGCAGCACCACAGCAGCGCUGGGACGACAUACCCCUCACGCUGAGGGGCGGCCACCUGUGCUUCUCCGCUGCCAAGGAUAUCGUGCUGCCAGCCUGGCUGCCGCCCAAUGUGAAGCACCUACAUGAACAGUACUGGCUCAGGUCAUUUGAGGAGAGGGAGCACCUCUUCUAUUUCGCUGGUGACCUGGGCUCUGAGUACAAGGGUGGCUCCCCAGAUAGCAGGUUCAGCUUCGGCAUUCGGCAGGCCGUGGCGCGGGAGUUUGCCUCGGUGCCGAACAACAAGGGGCAGCUGGGGUCGCAGCAGGAGGAGGGGGUGAUUGUAACGUAUGAGAGGGGCAAGGGGCACAGCGCCCAGCUGGGCAACGCCCGGUUCUGCGGGGUCUUCCCCAGCAAUGGCUUCAAUGCUGACAUGGAGGAGGCGAUGAAGCAUGGGUGCAUCCCAGUCAUCAUUCAGGACGGCAUCCACCUGCCAUUUGAGAACGCCUUGGACUAUGCUUCAUUCUCAGUGCGCAUAGAGGAGAGGGACAUUCCCAACAUGCUCACCAAGCUUAAGGCUAUCACUGCGGAACAUGGGAGUGCACUGCAAGGUACAGUGCAGAAGGUGUGGCAGCGGCUGUCGUACCACUCAGUGAUCGCACAGGAGGCCAAGAGGCAGCAGGACGAGUAUGGUCACAACGAGGCAUGGGCUUUUGGCAUCAGCUUGCUGAAAGACGACGAUGCAAUUGAUACACUCAUUGAG